AUGCUGUCGCUGCCUCACUCCACCACAUUGCGACGUCACGGACCCGAGGCCGACUUCAUCGAACCCUUAACCAGCCACGACUGGCAGGUGUCGGACGAGGAUCUGCUGCACUUGAGCCUGCUGCACGAGUCCUGCGUGACGGACACGAACGCGGUGCUGCCGUGGCAGUACGGGGCUCCAGGCCACCAGGGGCCAAUCGGCAUAGCCACCAACCCCCACGAAGUGAUCCACCAAGACGACCCCGACCUGCUGCACAAGCUGCAGCAAUGCCCCGACGUGGACAUUUUCCUGCCUGUUGGCCUGCACGGCAACGGAUACUGCGAGGACGCAGUCGCCUACGCCAAGUACCUCAAGUCUCGGCUGCUGCCUGUGUGGGCUCUCGAGGUGAAGCUGUUCGACCCGGAGGUGGGGCGCGAGGUGGACUACUACGACCUGUGCCCCAGGACGCCCGUGAUCUUCUUCCAGCACUACUGGGACGGCGUGCCGUCCUCCCCUCGCUGGCCGGAGAACAAACCCAUCUACCUCAUGCCCAACAUCGAGAUGGUCGAGCUCACGCCCGAGCACUACUGGAGGGUGGACGUCGUGCUGUGCAAGACCAAAGUAUGCUACGACCGCGUCACGCGCUGGUUCGAGGAGGAAGGCAACCCCCGCAACGCUCAGGUGUUUUACACCAAACACACGUCCUCGGACCAAGCGCAGUUCGCGCGCAAGCGCCUGGCCGAUGAUUCUGUCGCGCCCAAGGACUUCUCGGACGUGAGGUUCAUCCACACGGCCGGUACGAGUAUCUGGAAGGGCACGAAGCAACUGCUGGACUGCUGGACGUCCACUCCAGGACUGCCGCCGCUGGAUCUGUACGCGAACGAAGGCUCGUACAACUACCUGAUGCAGGGGGCCUAUGACAAGUGGGUCUGGUGGUACAGUCGGAGCACUGUGAACCUCCACUUCGGCAUGAUGGAUCGACUCGCCUUCAGCAAACUCACGGCCGAAGCUGCGUUCCUCAUGUGUCCGAGUCUGGCCGAAGGCUACGGCCACUACAUCAAUCAAGCGCGUGCUGCUGGCGCGGUUAUCGUCACGACUGACGCUCCACCGAUGAACGAGCUCAUCGUUUCGAACGCGAUGGGCGUUCUGAUCCCGACGAAGAUCGAGAAGGAUGCUCGCAAUGGGAUGCUGGGCGGCAACUACUCGGACGCGCACGGAUUGAAGAACGCCGACGGGCUCCUGGCUGCAGUCAAGGGGGAAGGCAUUUGUGAAUCUGUUAAGAAGUUCGUGGCUUCAACUACGACUGAGCAGCGCGCGGCCAUGGGGGCGAACGCGCGUGAACAAUACCACAAAGACACAAGGUUCUUUGCACAGGCGAUGCAGGAAUUGAGGGAGUUUGCGAGGAGAAGCUCGUAG